AUGCGGAAUGCAUGCGGUACGGCGCUCAAGUACGUUUUAUUCUUUUCAAAUCUCAUUAUUUGGAUCGGAGGUUUGGUUGCCGUCGGUAUAGCGACAUGGCUUUUAGUUAAUAGCAGUUCAAUAAGAAAUUUCUUAGGCACUAAUUUAUUAUCGAGUGCCGUGUAUAUAUUAUUAGUUACUGGAGUCGUUGCCUCUUUGAUGUCUUUUUUCGGAUGCAUAGGAGCAAUAAAAGAAAUUAAAUUUAUUUUAGUUAUUUAUUUUAUUAUAUUGUUUAUAAUUUUUACUGUGAUGUUAGCCGGAGGUAUAUUAGGGUACAUAUUUAUCGAAACUGUUAAAAACACGAUGGAAACGGAAAUGUACAACACAAUGAAACUUUAUGGUAAAACAAUGGAAGUGACGAGGGAUUGGGAUCACAUACAAACAACGUUUUCAUGUUGCGGAGUAAACAAUCAAAAAGAUUGGUUAAAAUUAGGAAACGUACCAGAAUCUUGUAGGAUAAAACCAACUGAGCAUCAUCAGGUGGCCACUUCUGAGUUUUAUGUUGUCGGUUGUCUUAACACGACAAUCACUUACAUACAAAAACAUAGCGAACUUAUCGGAGGAUCUGGAAUAACGAUAGCUUGUUUAAUGAUAUUGGGAAUGUUUUUUUCAUGGAGUCUUUACAUGAUAAUCGAAUGA